AUGAUUUUUAUGAGACUAGGUUGGGAUCAUUUCGGACUUAACGUGAACGGAGAGAAACUGAGUCAUUUGAGAUUCGCUGACGAUUUAAUACUCUUCUCCGAAUGCCCGAAUACAUUGAAAGUAAUGUUACAACAAUUAUCAGACGAAAGUGCAAAUGCAGGUCUUACAAUAAAUUUAACAAAAACGAAAAUAAUGACUAAUUCUCCACAAAAAGAUAUUAUCAGAAUUAAUAAUCAGCAAUUAGAAUACGUAAAUGAGUAUAUUUACUUAGGACAAUUAAUAUCACCGACAGAGAACAUGCAGAAAGAAAUUGAAAGAAGAAUAGCUAACACUUGGAAAAAAUUCUGGUCGUUAAGUGAAAUAAUGAAGAAUAAAGAGAUGCCAAUGUCGGAAAAAAGAAAAGUUUUCAAUUCUUGUAUCCUGCCAUGUCUGACAUACGCAUGCCAAACCUGGGCCUUAACUGAACAACAACAAAAUAAAAUCAACAUAUGUCAGAACGGAAUAGAGAGAAGCGUAUUGGGAGUACGGAGAAAAGAUAAAAUAAAGUUAAAACAGAUAAAAGAAAAGACAAAAUUCGGAAAAGUCCAAUCAGUAUGCAGAAAAUUGAAAUGGCGCUGGACGGGACACAUGUUGAGAGAAAAGAAAGAGAAAUGGACCAGAAUAAUAACUGAAUGGUACCCUAGAGAAAACAGAAGAAGUAGAGGAAGACAGCCAAAGCGAUGGGAAGACGAUUUUAAGAAAGUAGCAGGACCAGAAUGGUUACGUACAGCAAGGGACAGAAAUAAGUGGAAAGCCUUAGAGGAGGCCUUUGUCGAAAGACAAGCUGUUAAUAGGGGAGACCAACCGAAUGUCGAGAAUAUGAUUUAG